AUGUCCAAGACAGCACUUAAGGACCUCAAUACCAUUCCUGUAACAGAAAGGAAGAGCGAGGGCUCUGAUUCUGUUGUAGAGAUUGGAAUUGUAGAAAUAGAGUACAUUGAAUCCGAGAACUUGAACGAUGUAGAAGAUAUUGAUACUUGUCUCAAGACCCUCUUAGCUGCACUUGACUCAAAGGAUUGGGUCCUGGUCUGUGAUACUCUAAAUAAUGUACGUCGUUUGUCUAUAUUUCAUAAGGAAGCAAUGCUUGAUAUUCUGGGGAAUGUGAUUACACAUGUUGCUAAGGCCCUGAAAAGUCCUAGGAGUGCUGUUAUCAAAACAGCCGUUAUGACAUCUGCUGACAUUUUCUGUGCAUAUAGUGAUCUUAUAAUAGAUUCACUGGAUCCUCUGCUAUUACAGCUUCUUCUCAAGUCUUCGCAGGACAAACGCUUCGUAUGUGAAGCAGCAGAAAAAGCCUUGAUAUCAAUGACUACUUGGAUUUCCCCUAUUUCAUUGUUGCCAAAACUGCAACCAUACCUUAAGCACAAGCAUCCCCGUGUUCGUGCUAAGGCAUCAAUGUGCUUUUCUCGAAGUGUUCCACUACUGGGUGCAGAAGGCAUAAAGACAUAUGGCAUUGACAAAUUGAUUCAAGUAGCUGCAUCCCAGUUGAGUGACCAGCUUCCUGAGUCCAGAGAAGCAGCUCGAACACUAAUUCUUGAGCUUCAAAAUGUUUAUGAGAAAUUUCACAAUCUCAUGCCAGCAGCAGCUGUAAAUAAGGAUCCAGAGACUGAGACAGCAUCCGAGGAUCCUAAGAUUGAGACAGUAUCUGAGGAUCCUAAGACCGGGACAGUAUCUGAGGAUCCUAAGACCGAAACAGUACCUGAGGAUCCCAAGACCGAGACAGUAUCUGAGGAUCCCAAGACUGAGACAGUAACUGAAGAUCCAGAUACGGAUACAGAAUCUUGGGAAAACUUCUGUCAAUCAAAUCUUUCUCCGUUAAGUGCUCAAGCUGUACUUCGUGUGACCAGUAUUGCACGGGAAGGUCUUGUUUCAUGA